AUGGCUCUUCCUCCUAAAUUCGCCGGGCAGAAGCUCCAGUUCGCCCACCCUCCCGCUUCCGACUCAGCCGUCGCUCACACAACUCACACGCUCGAGUUCUACCUCGACUACUGCUGUCCCUUCUCCGCCAAGAUCUUCCGCACCCUGCAAAACGACGUGAUCCCCGCCAUCAAAGCCAACCCAGCCUGGGCGUCCAGCCUCGCCUUUAUCUUCCGCCAGCAGAUCCAGCCAUGGCAUCCUUCGUCCACGCUCAUGCACGAAGCUGCCCUCGCUGUUCUUCGUCUUGCGCCUGAGAAGUUCUGGGAGUUUAGCGCUGUGCUGUUUGAUGAGCAGCAGGAUUACUUUGAUGUCAAUGUUGUGAACGAGAAGAGAAAUGAUACGUACCGUCGUUUGGCAAAGGUUGCGGCCAAGGUUGGCGUUGAUGCGGAUAAGGUGUUUGAUCUGCUUGUGAUCUCUGACAAGCCUGGUGAGGAUGGGGCGCUGAAUGCGGGUAACAAGGUCACCAACGAUGUCAAGGUCAUCACCAAGAUGAACCGUUUGAUCGGUGUGCAUGUCACUCCUACUGCUGUGUUUGACGGUGUUGUGCAGGACGUCAGCUCUGGAUGGACAAAGGAGCAAUGGAUUGAGUGGCUACAGAAGAAUGUCGUUUGA